UUCUUGGCCACAUUUAUGUUCUUACCAAGAAUCUCUGCUACCAAGAAUUCUAGUCCCAUUCUUUUCUUAUCAAACUGGAUGUUCAAAAAUCUUGGCAAAUUCAACCAUGCAUAAAGCUGAACCUGAAAAUUGAUAAGAUCAGCAGUUCAGCACAACGUCUCUAUAAUCUUUUUUAUCCCAGACUGCUUGGUCUGCUUUAAUUAGUUUCAUAUGUAACUGUUCUCAUCACUGUCGAUUGAUAUUGUAUAUCGAAGGCUUCCGACAAUUAAUUUUGUAUUUGCUUAAAUUUUUUCUUUUUGCUCAACUCCAGAGCUAAAUAUCACGAUUGUGGAGUACUUUCUGCUCCAAGGACUAGAUCGGGGACAUCAUUGUAUAGCAGAGGACGGAAGUUUUUGCAAGUUUUGACUCGUGGAUUAGUUUUUGCAUGUUCUAUGGCUUCUCCUCCUCCUCCUCCUCUUGCGCAUGCCUUUAAGUAUGAUGUCUUUCUUAGUUUCCGAGGCGAGGAUACCCGCGAUACUUUUACCAGUCAUUUUCAUGCCGCUUUAGUGCGGAAGAAAAUCAAAACCUACAUAGAUUACGAACUGGUGAGAGGAGAUGAAAUUGCACCGGCCCUUCUGGAUGCAAUAGAGGAAUCAAAGCUUUCAGUGGUCAUUUUGUCACAAGACUAUGCUUCUUCAACCUGGUGCUUGGACGAACUGUCGCAUAUUUUGGAAUGCAAGGAAAGAUAUCAACAAUUGGUUAUACCCCUUUUUUACAGAGUAGAUCCAUCACAUGUACGACACCAGAGGGAGAGUUAUGCUGAUGCAUUUGUUCAACAUGAAGAACGUUUCAAGAACACUCCACACAAGGUGCUCAAGUGGAGGGAUGCUUUAACAAAAGUAUCUAUACUAGCUGGGUUUGAUUCACGCAACAUCGGACUUGAUUCCGAACUAGUUCAGUUAGUCGUCAAAGAUAUUUUGAUGAAGUUGAAUCGAGAAGGCUCAAGCAAUUUGACAGGCCUGGUUGGAAUUGAAAGUCGCAUCCAGACACUUGAGUCAUUGUUAUGCAUUGUUCCACAAGAUGUUCGUGUUCGCACCGUAGGAAUUUGGGGCAUGGGUGGUAUAGGCAAGACCACCCUUGCUGACGCUGUAUUCAACCGACUCUCAUCUCAAUAUGAAGCUUCAUGUUUUCUUGCAAAUGUUAGGGAAAGAGCAGAAAAACAUGGACUAUACUAUUUGCGAAAUGAACUUCUUUGCAAUUUAUUGAAGGAUGAAAGUCUAGGGAUCAGCACUCCAUCAAUAGGAUCAACUUUUAUCAAAAAGAGGCUCUCUCGUGCAAAGGUUCUCGUUGUUCUUGAUGAUGUAAAUGAUGUAAGCCAAUUAGACGUCUUAGUUGGUGAUCAGUUUCAAUUUGGACCAGGAAGUAGAAUCAUAAUAACAACUAGAGAUGUGCACCAACUUAGAGAGAUGCAACAACUGCAGAAAGGGGCAGACCAUGAUGUUAAAAUAUACAAGGCAGAGGAACUAGAUCGUGAUGAAGCACUUCAGCUCUUCCACUUGAAUAAUUCCGAAGAAAUCAGCUGCAGAGCAGAUUAUUCCGUAUUACUAAGAAUGGUGGAUUAUGCUGCUGGAAUUCCCUUGGCCCUUAAAAUCUGGGGUUCCUUAUUUCGACGAUGCAAGAGCACACAAGAACGGGAAAGUUUCUUGAAAAAGUUGAAAAGGUUUCCUGAAAAGAAACUUCAAAACGUGUAUAGGAUAAGUUAUGAUGCAUUAGGAGAGAAUGAGAGGGAGAUAUUUCUUUAUAUCGCGUGCUUUCACAGAGGAGAGGAUGUAUAUAGAGCAAAAGAACAAUUAGAUGCAUGUGGAUUAUUUGCGGAUAGUGGAAUCAACGUUCUCAUUGAUAUGUCUCUGAUAUCAAUCAAAGACAAAGAGUGGACUGGCCAAGAAGAAAAAACUCGUUACCUGUGGAUGCAUGAUGUGAUACAAGAAAUGGGAUGGGCAGUUGAGCAUGAACAACAUCCUACGAAGCCUGGAAAGCGCAGUAGGCUGUGUAUCCCGGAGGACAUCUGUCGUGUGUUAGAAAACAAUAAGGGGACUGAAAAAGUUCAAAGCAUAUCCCUAAACCUCUCUCAGAUUUCAAAGCUAAACUUGACUCCUCAAGCCUUCAAAAAGAUGUGUAAUCUAAAAUUUCUAAAGUUAUAUGGUGAAGAUCGCAGGGGCCACUACUACUGCUACCCUAGGAAGGAUUGCAAUGUGCACUUUAAUCAGGAUCUUGAAUAUCUUCCUGACUCCCUUAUCUAUCUCAGCUGGCCUGCAUACACUUCGAAAUAUUUGCCAUCAACAUUUUCUGCAGAGAAUCUUACUGAGCUUUCUAUGCCUGGUAGCCAACUCCAGAGACUCUGGAAUGUAGACCAGAAGCCUAGGAACUUAAAACGCAUCGAUCUCAGUCACUCCAAGCAACUGGUUGGAGUUCCAGAUCUCUCUAUGAGCGUAAACAUUGAGAGGAUAAACCUUGAAGGCUGUGAAAGGCUGGCUGAAAUUCCUUCCUAUUUUGAAAAUCUUCACAAGCUUACUUGGUUGAAUGUGAGUAGUUGCACGAAUCUUAGUGUUCUUUCAGAUAUGCCCUGCAAUAUGGUUUCGUUGAAGUUAGGUUGGACUGCAAUAGAAGACUUGCCUUCAUCAAUUUGGUCUCACGAAAAACUUGUUGAAUUGAAUCUUUAUGGGUGCGAGGGGAUUAAGAAACUUCCAAACAGCAUUUGGAAGCUGUAUUCCCUCACAUCUCUUGUGUUGUGCGGGACAAGUAUAGAAGGAUUGCCCCCGUCAAUCGAGUGUCUCUCCGGAUUAGAAUGUCUUGACCUGAAUAGUUGCCGAAAGUUUGUCAGUCUCCCAACCAGCAUUUGCAAGUUGAAAUCGCUUAAGACCUUUUGUCUUAUUGGAUGCUCUAGCUUCGAAAACUUCCCUGAGAUCUUGGAGCCUAUGGAGCGUCUGUGCCAUCUUUUUUUAGGAGGAACGAAAUUCAAAGAGCUGCCCUCUUUGAUUGAAAACAUAGUUGGGCGGAAGGAACCAGGUAACACUGGGUGUAGAAGCUUUGAGUCUGUCCCAAACAGCAUCUUGCCUCCGUCCUUGGUCAUUUUAUGGUCUUCGAUGAAUAUGCUAGACCUCAGUGACUGCACAAUGUUAGAAGAAAUCCCUGAUUGCAUCUUUAGCCUAAACAGCUUAUUUCGAUUAGAUGCGAGUGGAACCAUGAUUAGGAGCAUACCUUCAACCAUCAGUCAAGCAUCUCAGCUCAGGGUAUUAUUUGUAAAGGAUUGCAAGCGCCUUGAAUAUUUACCCAAGCUCCCAUAUCUUCUACAAUUGAUAGAUGCAAGUGGCUGCAAGAGAUUGAAGACAGUGUCUGGAUUCACGACUGCACUCACAGAAGGUUUGGAUGAAAGAGGUCCCUGCACGUUGAAUACAUUUUAUUAUAAUUGCGUAAGUUUGGAUGAGAAUGCAAGGAGGAACAUAAUGGAUGAUGCACAUCUUAGAAAUAGAGCAACAGAUGACUAUCCAUUUUUUGUGUACGAAGUUAGUUGUCCGGGAAAUGAAAUUCCAAAAUGGGUCAGCAAUCAAAUGGAGGGAUCUUCGAUAGAUAUAAAGUUUCCUCUACAUUGGUCUGAGGAUGCAAACUUUUUGGGUUUAGCUUUCUAUGUUGUUGUUGACUUCCAUAAAGCAAGCAAUCCGGUCUGUGCGGCUGAAUUCAUUCUCGAAACCGAAAAUGGUGAAGACCAUGCUAUUCUGAUUAGCCAGAAUCAGAGCCAUUGUCUACAUUAUGAUGACGACAACUCAGAUCACCUGGUAGCGUGGUACAAUUCCCUGGUAAUGAUGAGGUUCCCCCCUUAUGCCACUCAAGCCUCUUUUUAUUUCUAUGUACAUGAGGAGCAGCAGUGCUCGGUUGAGUAUCUGGUGAAAAGGUGUGGGGUGGGCCUUGUGUAUGCUCAAGGCUAAGACCGAAAUGCUAUGAAAUGGCAAGUCAUGGAUGAUCAACAUGUUGAAGCUACUCUGCCCCAUUUCGGUGGUUUCGUUUAAUCUCUCUGGUGGGGUAGAGAUGGUUAAUGUGCGGUGUUAGCUUCAUUCUCUCAUCCCCUUAAAUUUUGGUUUUGACUGGUUCUGCAUUUUGGGAUUUUACUGGCAGCGGUUUUUCGGUUCUCAUCCCUUCGAUUUGGCACUUCUCCGGACCUCUUGGCUCCUAGCGGCGGCAGUAGUGGCUGUGCGGGAUAGCAUGGGCCGCGGCGGCUGUGUUACUAUUGUAGGAGAUGAUAUUUUAUUUAAUAUUUAGGCCACGUUUGAUUCGUGGAAAGAAAGCAUCAGGAAAGGCAUUUGUGAUGCAAAAGGAAAGGAAAUCGUUUCGUGAAGGAAGGGAAAAUAAGGGGGAAAGUGGUUCCUUCCAAAUCUCAAAGGAAUCACUUUCCCCCCUUUUUUUCCUUGUAUUUAUU